ACUUGUAAGAUUGGUGGACAUUAGGUUGGAUUGGUGGGGUUAGAUGACCAAUUUCUAUUCUUUUUAGGUCAUUUGGUAUCAACAUACUUUUAUGAGUAGCGUUUACGGUUGGUUACAUUGAUCACUUAUUAUACGCCACAUAAUUAUAAUUUAUUGAUAAUUAAAUCAAUAAAAUGUAGCUAAGAAAUUGUCCGAAAAGUAGUCUUGCUUGAACUCGCACGCGGCAACCAAAACAAAACCGAAACCGAUUUGGUCCAAUUCCAUACAUACUACCCAACCGACACCCACGCCAAGCGGUGGCCGGUGAGCAAGAAACUACAAUUUGCAGGAGGCGACGAAAAUGGAGUCGAUUACCCUCGGCCAAGUACCCUUUGCUCCGAAGAAUGGCAGAAUCUAUGACAUAAAGCAGUUCCCCCUUAAAAGAACGGUGUAUUCUUCGGCGCCAAUUCAGCAAACGGUACCAACUCGCGACUCUCAAGAACUACAGGCGAUCUGAUUUCCCAGGUUAUAUAUGACUUACUCACUGUUGUUGUUUCUGUGAUUUCAAUGGUUUCUUCUUCUUCCUUGCAACGCCCUUUUGUUUAUAUUCCCUACUGAACUAGAGUGAUUGUGGUGGAACCCAUGAUCCCCCAAAGUAGAAAAGCUUGUUUAAUUAUAUUACCGAAUGAUAGAAUUGUUUGUACAGGUGUGCUGCUGUGCUUUGGCUGUUGCCUUGCCAGCUUGAGCAAUAAUUGUGAGUGUUAACAAUUGGAAUUUCCAAUUUUGAGCUCUUAAAAAUGUAAACUUUCUUUGACACUUUUGGGGUUCUUAACCAAUUACCUUUGAUAUAUCUUGAUGAUGAUCUGAUUCCAUGAUAUUGUACAGAAGCCAUGUGAAAUGAACUAUUUCAUUAUGGUCUCAAAAUGAAGCUAAAGCGUUUCCCUUUCCACAGAUUUUAGCGAGUAUGCCAAGCCUUCACGGCUUCUAGGGGUUGCAGAACCGAGACUCUGCACUGAGACAUCAUGGGAGCGAAGUAUUUCGUCGUCGUUCAAUGCAGGCGAUUGUGCUGCUCUCUACAAGUUUAGCAGACUCUGAAGACAUUAUCGAGUCUGAAGCAGUCCAUUUCCAAAGAGGUGCCACUGACGAGUUCUUCUUCGAGGGACCUCAACUGGGCAGAAUUGAAGCUUUGUGGAUUGGGGUUGAUUCAAGUCAAUUGAGAUUAACUAGCGCGAGCCUGACUGAAGUUAAUGGUCCUCAACCUUCGUCGAGCAGAGUGGACGAAGAAACAACAGUUCCAUUUUCUGGUUUCCAUUAUGAAUUUGAUGCUGCUGACAUUUUGCUUGGAGAGAGAGAUGAUUUAUCUAUGGUAGAAAUUAGACCUCGUCAGAUUUCCAAGCUAUCAGAUCCUCUCACCAUAUCAACUACCAGUUCUACUUUAUCAACUAGUAGCAAGAUCUCCAAUGAGCAAAGCAUGAGAGAAUAUGCAGAUUUGAAACUGUCAUGGCUAUCCUACGACGCAAUGCUUAUUCUCGGUGGUACACUGAUUUUGAACUUCUCAGCUGGCAAAAAUUCUGCUGUCGCAUUCCUGAUAGGAGGGAUGUGUGGUUUCUCCUACCUGUUGUUGCUGCAAAGGUCUGUGGGUGGAUUGGAAUUGGAGAUUUGUUAAGGGACCAGUAGUGGGUUUGGCUUUGGGGUUAGGACUUAGGACUGCCUUUAGCAGCCGCUCGAUAUGGGUUUUCGAGAUAUUGAUCCUUCUCUAGUGUCUCCAAAGGAACUGAUAGUGGGAAUAUUGGGGUUUCUCGUGUGUAAAGUUGCUGUCUUGAUGGCUGCAUUUAGGCCUGUGAAGAGUGAUUGGUUCCAAGGGAAGUAAGUGAUGUAGUUUGCAGUUUCUGUGAGUUUAGCUUGCAAAGUUGGAAAAUUGCUGGUAGAGAACAGACUACAGAGUAUACGCAUAAUAUAGAACAGUUGUAGAUUUGUACAGAUAGUAAAUGCUCCUUAUAGAAAGUUUGUUAUCUUUGUUAUUGAUUUAUUCUGUAAUGGUAUUGGUGUAUUCCGAAAUGGUAGUGGUUGUUUAACGGAUUGAUAUUGAUUUAUUUGUAUUGGUGUUUUUCGAAAUGAUAGUGAUUGUCUAACGUAUUAAUAUUAAUUCUUGUUUUAUUUUUACAGUGUUAUUAUUUUCUAUUGAAAAGAGAAGGAAAAGAUUGAGAGAAAAAACAGAAAGAUCUUAU